AGAUGCAUUGCAGAUUGAGCGAUAAGUUCUAUUGGGAGCACUAGGCGUUGAACCACAAAUAUGACGUUUGUCCAUCGGAGCCACCGUAUGCAUCUACCAACACAGCCAUAACGCUUGCUGAAAACAGUGCUCGUAAAAAGUUUGAGACGCUAUGUGAGAUGGCUUCAGCGGUAAUUUCGGUGCCUACCACAGCCUCGCGCUUUGCUCUGCUCCAGGUCGACUCUGAUUCGGACUCCGACUCAGAACCAGGAAAGAAGGGCGGAAAGAGUGGAAAGGCGGGAGCGGGGAAGUUGGGUGGAAAGACAAGUCAGAAUUCUGAUAAGAAGAAGGAGAAGAAGAAACGCAAAAAGGGCCAACAGCAGAAUGAAGCUAAUGAGCUCAGGAACCUUGCCUUUAAGAAACUUCCACAGAAGACUGGAGCUGCGGCACCAACGCCAACCCUGCAAGGCCUGGCCAAUGAGCUGCUGCAGCCUGGCUCUCAGGCUGGCAACGGAGAUCACGCUGGCGCGCCGGAGGGCUGGCAGCAGUGGAAGCAGAGGGAUGAGCAGCUUACCAGUGAACUGUACGAAGCUGACCUGGAGAAAGCACUAAUUCUCAGCAAGCUUGACUUUGAGCAGCAGAAACCGGAUCCUGUGAGUUUAGAGCAGGCGUCACCCAAAGCCAAGAGCUCAGGGAGCAAGAAGGAGAAAAAGAAGAAGAACCAACAGGGCAAGGACAAGUGCCUCACUGUCUCCCUUAAGGAUUUCCAGACAGAGGCAAACAUCGAUCAGCUGAGCAAGCGGGCAGAGAAAGAGGAGUCCAAAGCUGUAAACCUACCUGCGCAUGAUGACAAGUUCUUUGACAAGUUAGAGAAUGAAGUGAGCAAAAUUGUUCAGAGAGACAAACGACGAGAGCAGUUCUCUAACAGUGCCGGCCAGGAGGUCAACACCUCUUCAGAAUAUGAACAGGUGAGACUUCAAUCUCAAAGAAGCAACCAGGAUGUGAGAACUGAGCAAUUGAAGUUUGAACUGGAGAAGAAAGAUGAAGAAAUCACCCAACUAAAAAAGACUAUAUCUCAGUGGGAGCUGAAGUAUAGGGAAGUGAAGGCCAGAAAUGCCCAGCUUCUCAAGAUGCUCCAACAGGGCGAGAUGAAGGACAAAGCAGAAAUACUGCUGCAAGUAGAUGAAUUGCUAAACAUCAAAGAAGAACUGUCAUCACAGGUGGCGUCAUUACAUGGUUCUUUAGAACAAGAACGGUCAAAAGUAAAAGAGUUGCAAUCAGACCAACCUAGGCAUCAGGGCAACCGUAAGGCGAAAAAAGGCUUGGAGGGCGAUUAAAGCAGACUCUUGGAUCUCAAAGAGCACCGUAACAAGCAAACAAAACAAGUGCACAUUCUUCCUCCUCUUCAGGGUCUCCUCAUUCUCAUGGAUGAACUCAGCGAUUUGUCCAGCCCCCUCCAUUCUCUUACGCCCUCUGCCUACUCCUCUGUCCUGUGUGCUUUUUGCCCUUGAAAUGUUGGCAUGUUUCUCAACAUCCGUUACUGCACUGAAUGGGUUUGUGGCUUAUGUUAUGUUCAAUCCCACAAUGCCUUGUAAAACUACAAUAAAUUGUAAUUUAAAAGAGAUGAUCCUUGACUGAAGUGAAACGCGAGUUCAGAAGAUAAAUGUACAAUGUCCCCUGCUGGCAAAGGGAUGCCAUCACACUCUCUGACCACACAGAGGAUGCUCUUCACUGGUGUCAUAUAGAGGGGGAUCAUUCACAAUUUUAAUAAAAGGAACUUUUUUCAGUCAA